AUGGGAAGUCUCCUCAUCAACUCAUCAUGGAUCCGCCAUCUGUCUAAGACGGCCACUUUUUGCUGUCGCCGACUAUCAACACAAGUCACUCGACCAAUCGCCUUGACGCCCUCGACUUCGGAACUUUUUAAUAUCGACAAAUUCCGUGAACAGGCCUUUAACCCUCAGAAACCAUUCUUCUUUGGUCGAAAUGACGGCUCUCCCACAGCACUGCUACCCGCAGCGAGCAAGUGGUUUGAGAAGCAUAUAGUCGACUUGGAUGUGAAUUCGACGAAAUUCUCACCAUACAUGGACCAGUUCCAGGAAUGGGGGUUUCCUUAUGAGCUCGUCACACCAUCAGCUUCCAACAAGGAAGCCCUGCUAUCGUUUCGCAAUUGGCUCUCCUCAAGUGAGGAGCCAGUCGACCAACUCCUCGCCAGCAUCCUCGAGCCAUCCAUCGAGGAGCUAGAGUCCGGGUCAUUUUCCCAACUCCUUGCGCCUCUAAGGCUUCUUUUCAAAGCCCUCGAGUUCAACCAAGCUCAGCCAGAACCCGUCAGCCUCUACAUUGCCCAGUCCUCUCUCACGGAUCUUCCCGAAGCUCUUCAGAAGGAUCUUCCAGCUCCAGAUGUAGUCCAAAGUGCUGGCAAGGGCGACGUCUACAGCUCCAGCAUCUGGCUCGGCACGGAGCCAACGUACACGCCCCUGCAUCGCGACCCCAACCCUAACGUCUUUUGUCAGCUGUGUAGCAGCAAGGUCAUCCGUCUCAUGGCCCCGGCGUUAGGCGAUAGGCUCUACUUCCAGGUGCAGUCUCGGAUCCGACAACAGGGCAACAGCCGUAUAAGAACUGUUGAGAUGAUGGAGGGAAAGGAACGGGAAGCGCUGUAUGAGGCUGUCUGGGAACAUGAUCCCUUGCCAGAAGGGUUGUACGAGGCCGAGUUGGGGCCCGGGGAUGCCUUGUUCAUCCCAAAUGGCUGGUGGCAUUCUGUCAAGAGCAAAGGGUCAAAGGGGCAUUUGAACGGGUCCGUCAACUGGUGGUUUCGAUGA